AUGACCACCGUGCAACGCCGCCUUGGUACUCCCUUGGGGCCAACCAGCGAGGCCCUGCAAACCGAGCAGCUAUUCGAACACACCGGGCGUUGGCUGUUCAACGAAGAAACGAACAAGCGCCUGCGACACAGUCCUUUCAAUGCAGAAGCACUUGAAGCAAUCGCCUGCCGGGUGACGGAAGCUCGGGGCAUUACAAACUGGACUAAGAUUGGUGAAGGAUCCAACAAAGUUUUCCGCCUCGAACUGGACAAUGGACGGAAAGUCGUUCUUCGAAUCCCAAAUCCAAUUGUGCCCAACGUAGAGCUCACAACCGCGAGCGAGGUCGCGACCAUGGAGUACGUCCGCGAGCGCUUCGGCGUACCGGAGGGUACGGCAAGUCACUUCCCAGUACCGCCUAAAGUCCUGGCCUGGGAUCGCUCACCGACCAACGACGUGGGUUCCGCGUACAUUAUCCACGAAUUCGUGGAAGGCGUCCCUGCGAUGGACUGGUGGCUCAGCGAUUUCCAGAGGCCCGUCUCAAAGAUCCUCUGGAACGUCUUUAGCCUUGAAAAGGCGUUGUUGGAGGAACCUUUUGCUUUAUACGGCUCCCUCUAUUUCAAAGAAGAUGUCGAAGAAAAGGAUCGGGACCAGCCCCUCUACUCUGACGAGCAACAUGCCGCAAAGUAUCCAGCCUUAGCAGCUAAAUAUCGAAGUGGUCCUUCCACCGACCGCCAAUGGUGGCGAGACGUCUACGGGAAAGUCGAGGGCAUCGACAGAGGACCCUGGCCGAACGUCGAAAGCAUCCUCCGAAGUGCUAUCAGCCUCCAACUCAAGGCCAUCGAAACUGGAGUUGCGUUCCAGAAUCCACACAUCCGGUCAAAGCCACAGGACGCACCUAAUCUCACCCGUCUCCUGAACAUGCUCCUCACUACCGUCGACUAUCUCGUCCCCGCUGACAGGAGGCACACCCGUCCAGCUUUGAACCACCCAAGCCUUACCGCAAAGGAUAUGAUCACCAACGCGAAUGGAGAGGACGGACUGGUCGGAAUAAUAGACUGGCAAGGAGCGGCUAUACUCCCAUUCACUCACCAAACCAGGGUUCCGACACUCUUUAGGGCCUUCAGGGUCGGGAAGCAAGAUGAAGCCGACGAACUGAGGACCAUGAACAUGGAGAACUGCUUGGAAGCUCGCUCGAGGAUCUACGGAAACCUCGUCGCAUCGAAAAUGCCCGACAGGACCGCGCAUUUUGUGCACAAACUGAGCAUGACGAACAUGCUGCAUAACAUCCUGAGAACUGUAUCAGAUGGCGGGCAUGGUUUGCGCGGAAUUCUGGCGGACCUGAGCAUAAACUGGUGGGCCAUCGUUCAGGCAUCGGGAAAACAAGCGCUGUACAACCCCAUACCGCUCUCCAUGGCAGAGAUAUUUGCGAUAGAGGCGGAGAGUACGAGGGAGGAGGCUAUCGACCAGUUCAAGAACGACACCACAUUUUGGAUGAAGUGCGACAUCUGGGGCGCGAUAUCCGACGAGGAAUACGAGGAAGGGAAGAAUGCCAUGGCUGUUGUGCAAGCGAUUUGCGAGGAUCCAUCCACAUCGAAACCAUGCGAUUGGCCAUUCUAUGACGGUUGCUGGGCAAUGGAUCUUUGUUGA